AUGCUGGAACGUGGGUACAUUUACAAGGGCUCCUAUGCCGGCUGGUACUGCCGAUCUGAUGAAGCCUAUCUGACGUCAACACAAAUUGAGGACCGAAUCGGACCUGAUGGCACUCUUGUCAAGGUUUCAAGUGAGUCGGGUCAUCCAGUGGAGCUGGUGGAGGAGGAGAACUACAUGUUCAAGCUGGGGGCGCUUGUGCCUGACGUUCGUCGUUGGGUCGAGACGAGCAACGUGAUUUGGCCGCCCAAUCGCAAAGCCGAGAUUCUCAACAUGUUGGACAGUAAACUGCCAGACCUGAGCAUCUCACGACCACGACGCAAGCUUCAGUGGGGCAUACCCGUCCCCCACGAUCCAGAGCAGACGAUCUAUGUCUGGGUCGAUGCGCUAACCAACUACUUGACGGCCCAAGGCUUUCCGACACAAGGAGCGCCGACGCACCCGAUGCUCCACGUUAUUGGCAAGGACAUUGUCAAAUUUCACUGCGUAUACUGGCCCGCAUUCUUGCUGGCGGCCGGGUUGGAGCUACCGCAGCAGGUCCUUGUGCAUGGGCACUGGACCAUGGAUGGCCGUAAGUAUUCCCUGCGUCCCCCACUUGUGUGUCCUGCCUUGCAGCCUACUGCCCUGCCCAUUCAUGCCAUUGUGGCUCUGGAUCCGAUGUCCAAGAGUCUUGGGAACGUGGUUGACCCUGUGCAGUUGCUGGAUCAAGCCGAUGGCGUGCCUGACUUGGUUCGCUAUUAUCUGCUCAAGGAAUCGCGCUUGGACACCGAUGGCGAUUUCAGCUACCGGCGACUCAACGCCGUCACCAAGGAGCUGGCCGACACCGUUGGCAACCUGCUGUCUCGCAUCAGCAAUCAACGUGUGAACUCGGCUUUGGAGUUUCCGGGCCUGUCCGUGGAUGACGCUCCCCCCCCUUCCCCUUGUCAGGAACUCAUCACGUUGGGUUCCAGUGUUGCUGAGGAGGUACGCGCGUGCUAUGAUCGACAUGACUUUGGUGCUGGCAUUGAAGCCCUGCUACCGCUCGCACGUCGCUGUAACGCCCUCAUCAAUGAGCUUGAGCCAUGGAAGCUGGCGCGAGACGACUCUCCAGCUGCGCAGGCCACCUUGAAAAGCCUCUUGGGUGGGGCCUUUGAAAGCCUGCGCGUGACGGCCGCGCUGUUGUAUCCGGUGACACCGGCCCUGAGCUUGGCGCUCAUCCAUCGCUUGGGGUGCGAUGAGCAAGACUUACAGUGCCUGACCCCGGCGGUUCCAACGACUGCACGUGAACUGCGAGUGGACAAACAACCCUUGAUCCCUCGCGUUGAUUUUGGUCCGCCUGCACAAACUGACACUCGUGCAUAG